CCCCAAACGAGACACUGCACUAGAAUUUCCGACUAUAACACCAAAUGGCGUAGGGCGCAUUUCCCAGCGAUGCCACUAUAAUAUUCUUGCCCUGCCCCCCUUCCGCCUCUUCUGACCGCAUGACAGAUCGCUCCCACUGGCUACAACUCGUCUUCUCUCAAUGAUCGAGUGCGGUCUGCAACAGAGUUGAUUAUCAAGGUUCUGCUUCGGUCUUGCGCUUCCCAAGUCUCCUCUUCCCCAGCCUAGUCCAGACUCCUACUUCCUUCCCCUCGGCCCUGCCGAAGCUCCCCGGUUGUAUAUAAAUUCCCCGCCGCGCCUGGUUUCUGCCUCACAACACCAUUUCUCCCUGCAUCACGGCGAUUAUUCCACGCUUCCGAAUACUCCAGAAGGAUUCCCGAUCAGGAUUUGCAGAUUCUCGGAUUCCUCAUUACCUCGUUGCUUCUUCCCUUCCCCCUUGUGAUCCCAUUCCACCAACCCUCCGGAGCUGCAACCUGAAUGCCACCUAUACCCGCUGCCUGCCUUGUCAAAGUCCCCUUGCAGCCUCACCCGGGUUCACUCUUCGACAAGUUGCCUGCUGCUUCAAGUUCCGAGGUUCGCACGUUGGGGUUCAACGGGCCGCAAUCGAAACCUUAUCGCUGAGCCUCAAAAAGUCUCCGAGAUUUUGUCUACAAAAACAAGAACACAGAUCUACAUGUCGACUCAGUUCGCCGACUCGGACUUUGUACUCUUCCCGCAGAACAUCAACAACACCACCCAUCGAUCCAAGAUGCUCGCUGUCGAGGCCGCCAGACCCAAGCAAUCCGCAUACUUCCAGCCCAUGGCUAUGGACCCUAACUUGCUCGACAUGUUCUCGUAUCCCAUGGACGUGUCCCCAUACCCCCACACCCAAUCCCACACCGACUUCUCCCGCCUCCCACAAUCAUAUUUCGAGGCCUCGUCCGUGUUUGCCGAGUCCGACUUUCACCAAACCUCAACUUUCCCUUCUAUGCCCGCGACGCCUCCAUCAAUUGCUGCGUCGCACUCCACUGAACACAUAAUUCCUACCGGCUCUGCCGCCUCCGGGCCCUCAAUUGCGAGUGCGCCUUCGUCUGCGCUUGGAUCUCCGUACUCGGGGAAUGCGCAAGUCGUUCAGGAUAAUUGGAUGAACACGAAUCACGGUCUCGGACUACCUGCCGCCGUCAUGAAUGAUUUGUUUGCCAAUGAUUAUAGCCAUAUGGGUGGCUCUGUCGAUAUGGACGGCCUUUAUCAGGAAAAGUUCCCAGACACCUUUGUCGACCCUUCUCUCAUCCAGCCAGUCCAAUCCGGCCCUGGCUUUACUCCCACCAUCUCCUACCCCGAUCAAUCAACAUAUGCCUAUCCUACCGCUCCUAUGAAUUUCACGCCCCACUCUCCUGCCGGCUCUCCGGUGCCCUACAGCGACAACUUCGAGACGCAACGGGCAUCACCACUCUUGGUGCCGGGAACCUCACACUCACGACCGGUCUCGGUCUACGGCCGCCGUUCAUCCAUCUCCUCUAUUCAAUCCCGUCGCUCCCAGCGCAGUCCCGCGCUCAGCAGCAUUGAGGCCGACGACGAGGUCCACCAAAAGGGCCGCUGCCCCCACCCGGACUGUGGCCGCGUCUUCAAGGACCUCAAGGCUCACAUGCUCACUCACCAGUCUGAACGACCAGAGAAGUGCCCGAUCACGACUUGCGAGUACCACACCAAGGGGUUCGCACGCAAGUAUGAUAAAAACCGCCACACAUUGACCCACUACAAGGGUACAAUGGUCUGCGGUUUCUGCCCUGGCUCUGGCUCCCCCGCUGAGAAGAGCUUCAACCGCGCGGACGUCUUUAAGCGCCACCUCACCUCGGUGCACGGCGUCGAGCAAACACCGCCCAACUGCCGCAAGCGAAGCCCCACUGGCUCAACUCAGAAGGGCAUGAACUACGGCAGCGACGCUACUGGCAAGUGUUCCACUUGCUCGGCGACCUUCAGCAACGCCCAGGACUUCUAUGAGCACUUGGACGACUGUGUGCUGCGUGUGGUGCAGCAGGAAGAACCCUCUGAAGCAAUCAACCAACAACGAUUGGCCGAAGUCGCCGCUGACGAGGAGGUGCAAAAGACGAUGGAGAAACACCAAUUGCUGGACGUGGCUGGUCCCGUCGACUCCCUUGACGAAAAUGACUCUCACGACGAUGACGAUUCCCACGACCUCUCCUCCUCCUGGCGCGCCGGUCGCGGCGCUCCCAAAUCCACAAAAGCCUCCGGCUCCUCCUCAAGGCCUAUCAUCGGCUCGGGCAAUGCCAUUUCAAAAUCCGGCGCUGGGCCAGCGGCCAAGAAUGGUGGCCGCGCGGUUGCUACGCGCCGCCGCAAUAACCGCGGUAAUUACCCGCAGUCUUGGGGGUGCCCCAACUCCAGCAUGAAGACUAAGAAGCGCGUGCUGUGUGUGUUUGAUGGUCAGCGCCGGCUGUGGAAGGACGAGAUGAUGCUCAAUAAUGAAUUUGAGGUUCGUCUGCGUCUUCCUGGUGGGCCUGGCGAUGGAACUCAUCGUGAUGCUUAUGUCACGGAUCUCGAUGUUGAGACCAUGAAGCGCGCCGAGGGUGUCCACAGUGCCAAUGAGGAGGAGCGGGGCCCCUGGAUUGAGGGUCCUGUUUCCCACCUUAUGGGCCAGCCGGCCAUGUUGUUGCCGGAUAUGUGCCCGCCGCAAGAUGAUGAGAUUUCCUUGAAUGAACUCAUGGCUUGAUCGGGCUGUUCCUCCUCCCACCCAUAUACUCCUCCUACUCCUCUCACAGCACUCUUCUCCCCUCCCCUCCUCUCUCCCCUUUAUAUCCGUUUCCUUUUGUCCUUUCUUUUGUUUCCAUGCCUCAUGUUUCCGUAUACCAGCGAGCGGCGUCUGACAAAUAAUUUGUCUGAAUGUGGAUUUACGGGUUGAUACCUUUGGCUUUCGAUGAGUUCGAUAUGAUUUUUGAGGCUUUUCACAUUUUUCGACUUUUUAUUACUUCCAUCUUUGUCUUUUUACCCUAUACCGACCCGAUUCCUGCUGGCACAGGUGAUGAUGGGCGGAUGGGUGAGACUGGAAAUAUUUCAAAACAAAUAAUUGAAUUAAAUGAGAGAAUGCUCAUGAUUAUACG